CUGUAGACGCGACGACCGACCGGCGCCGACGACCAGACCCAACCUCCCAAGUCUUAUCAUAAGGGUAUUUUAUUGCGUUCCAGUCUAUUCCAGCCUCCAGGCAUCCUUCGACCAGUACCGGGCCGAUAACGUUGGUGGUUAGUUUUGCGAGUGAAAACAGUAUUUUGUUACUUUGAGAAAUCUCAGCGGCGUCCGUCUUUCUCGCAUUGGGGUGUUGUGUGCAUUUUCUCAAAACAAGAAGUUUAGUGUUUCGUUGUUCAGGACUUUUCACUUGGUCAGUCUUUUACUAACAAAUUUGAUACCAACAUUUAAACAUGGUAAAAAUGGUGCGUGGAAGAGGAGGAAUUUUAAGAGGCAGAGGUAUGGGUCGUGGAAUGAGUUUUCCACUCAAAAGACAGUACAUGCCUCGUCAUCCAUUUGAUCUUCAUUUGUGUGAAGCUGCAUUCCCCAGAGUUAGACCUGCACCAGAUGAGACAGAUUUUACAGCUGCCCUAUUGAAAAAAAAUUCCGACAUGUGUCCAACUCCUAAGGAACAAACAUCCAUUCUCAAUCUUGUCACAAAGUUACAGAGCGUUCUUGACAAUCUCAUUGUUGCUCCAGGCACUUUUGAAGCAUGUCAACUUGAAGAAGUACGUCAAGUAGGUAGUUUUAAAAUGGGAACAAUGAUUAAGACUCAUAAUGUUGCUGACAUUGUAGUUAUUUUAAAAACUCUACCAACAAAAACUGCAGUUGAAGCUUUAGGAAAUAAAGUUCAAGCUGACUUAAAAGCACAAUCACCCAAAGAUACUGUAAAACUUACUCAAACAGAGCGUGGUUUUGAUGUUGCUAAUAAUGAAGCUACAGUCAGAGUUCUUAUUACUACACUCCAUCAAAAUCUUAGAAAACUUGAACCUGACCAACAUUUAGAUAUUAAAAUAUGUCAAGGGCAUUUGGCUGCUAUUAGACAUUCAAGAUGGUUUGAAGAAAAUGCCCAUCAUUCUAGUAUCAAAGUACUCAUUCGUUUGUUGAGAGAUCUCAGAUCAAGGUUUGAAGGAUUCGAGCCCUUAUCUCCAUGGAUGCUCAAUGUCUUGGCUCACAAUGCCAUCAUGAACAAUCCUAGUAGACAAGCGUUACCAAUCAAUCAAGCUUACAGAAGAGUUCUUCAGCUGUUAUCUGCAGGACUAUUCCUGCCUGGAUCAGCGGUCAUGUUGCCAAUAUCAACAUUAGACCCUUUCUCAGGUAUUUCGGACCCUUGCGAAGGAGGCAGUAUCCGCGUUCACACAGCCAUGACCCUGGAGCAACAAGAUCAGGUGUGUCUAACAGCGCAAACAUUGUUGAGGGUUCUCGGUCACGGCGGAUACCGGCCCCUCCUCGAGGGCGGCAACAAAUUAGCCAUCGAAAUGAGCGUGUGGCCUGGCGGCGUCGUUGCCAGUCCAUUAGAAAAAGCCUACGAACCUCCCACCGAGCAAGAGCAGCAGGAGGACAUGGAGGAAAACAACGAAGAAAUGAUCGCGGAGACUGCAUAAAAAAUUUUUAUAGUCAUCGCAUAGGGAUUUUAAUAAUAAGUAACGAUAAAAAAUUGUAACGAUGAAUUGAUCUUUUCUUCAGAACUAUCCGAUUCUAACGUAUAUAACUUGAAUUAUUAGAUUCAUCGAAAGACUGUGUAUCUUAUCAUUUUUCACAAAUCUCAUCGCAUUUCUCAAUAAAGUAUGUAUGCAACGAUUUAUAUAUUACAAAACUCAAAAUGGGUCUCGUUUAAAAAAAAA